AUGAAAAUCGUUUACGACGUAUUCCAAAAAGAUAACACAUAUGGGGAGGGUAAAUACUUUCUACCGACGGAAGUCGCGCUGCAUAAUACACAGGUCGAUUGUUGGGUAUCCUAUCUUGGCGGAGUAUACGAUUUAACGAAGCUUUGUAAAGAUUGGGCCAAUACGAGAGAGAUUAAACCGAUAUUAGCUUAUGCCGGCAAAGAUAUAAGUCAUUGGUUUGAUCACGAAAAGAAUGAUAUUAGGUAUCACGUGCAUCCCGUUACGGGUGUGCUAGUACCGUAUUGUCCUCAUGGUCCGAUACCGGAUGUUACGUCCUCCGUGGUACCCACGACUACCUGGCGUCCGUUAAAUAAAUGCCCUUGGUGGCUUGACGAAAAAUAUAGAAAGGGAAACUUAACCAAAAACGCAAGACCAUGUAGAAUUUUAAAUACUCUAACCGGCACACAAGUUGUUAUAAUGGUUUGCGAAGAAGAUUCUAUCAGGCGCAUUCAAGAACGUGCUCUCAUUUAUAAUGCAAACGGAAUGUCUUAUACAUGGAAGUUCGAAGGGAAGGACAUACAUCUUGAUUUAACCCUUACGGAAAAUGGUAUCCCGGAUGAAAGGGAACGUUUUGCCGCUUGCGGUAUAGUUGAAGACUAUUAUAUCCCAUGUCUUAUGUGUUAUUACAAUGAUAAACCAGAUGAUACAUCACCGGAUGAAUAG